CAGCUGGAAUUUUAGCCUAUUGCUGGGUUUACUCUUAAAGGUUUAACUGAGUGAGAAACUGUGAUGUGCUCAGGAACACAGAGGAAGGUCUCAGAAUUGUAAAGUUAGAGCAACUGUAAACUUGAAGAAAUGCAAGCUUUUAAUAUCACACCUGAGGAGUUCAAUCAGCUCCUAAAACUGAACAACUUAACACGGCAGCAGUUCAUUGACCUCUACCAUCUUCAGCCUCUUAUUUACAUCCCACAGCUGCCAGCUCACAGCAAGGUGGUCUUUGUGACUAUAUGCUUGAUUAUAUUCCUAUUUGCACUUGUUGGCAACUUUCUGGUCUUGUAUGUGGUUACCAAAAGAAAAGCUAUGAGGACGGUCACUAACAUUUUCAUCUGUUCUUUGGCUCUGAGUGACUUGCUGAUUGCUUUUUUUUGCAUUCCUUUCACAAUGCUUCAGAAUAUCUCUUCCAAUUGGCUGGGAGGGGCAUUUGCCUGCAAAAUGGUGCCAUUUAUCCAAUCCACAGCUAUCGUGACAGAAAUACUUACAAUGAUGUGCAUAGCCAUAGAAAGGCACCAGGGGAUCAUGCACCCUUUAAAAAUGAAAUGGCAGUACACCAACAGAAGGGCUUUCACUAUACUUGGUGUAGUGUGGAUACUGGCUGCUAUAGUUGGUUCUCCUUUGCUUUAUGUACAAAGACUUGAGGUUAAAUAUGACUUUCUUUAUGAUCAGCAUUAUAUUUGCUGCCUUGAAAAGUGGAUAGGACCAAGUCAUCAAAAAAUAUACACAACUUUCAUCUUAGUAAUAUUAUUUCUCCUUCCUCUGACCCUGAUGCUCAUCUUGUAUAGUAAAAUUGGAUAUGAGUUAUGGGUUAGGAAAAAGGUUGGAGAUAUUUCUGUUCUGCAAACAAUCCAUGGAAAGGAAAUGGGAAAAAUUGCCAGGAAAAAGAAACGUGCUAUUAUGAUGAUGGUGACAGUAGUGGUGCUAUUCACAGUUUGUUGGGCUCCUUUUCACGUGAUUCACAUGAAAAUAGAAUACAGUUCCUUUGAGAAUGAAUAUGAUGAGGUCACCAUCAAGAUGGUAUUUGCUGUUGUUCAUGUCGUUGGAUUCUUUAACUCAAUCUGCAAUCCCAUUGUCUACGCAUUCAUGAAUGAAAAUUUUAAGAAGAAUUUCUUAUCUGCCCUUUGCUUCUGUGCUCUGAAGGAUGGCACAAUGUCUUUCAGAAGGCAACACAAUUCUGGUUGCACAUCUCUAAGCCAGCCACGGUUAGGCUUCACACAGAGAGAUAACCUUGUAGAUGAAAGCAAAAAGGACUUUGCAGAAGGAAAUAUAGAAGUACGGUUUCUGGAACAGCCUUUUCCUAUUAAAAACAGUGCAAGAUGUAUGACACUAUUUGUAUCUGAAGUAACAGUUCAUCCUGAGAAGUAAGUAUACAGAGCCACUAUGGACUUGCCAUUUAAAUGAUCCAGGAAUACUCACUGUCAAUAUAAAGUUUUGCACAUUUUUAUGUGCUCAUGUGCAUGUUCUGAACAAUCUGGACGUUAUUUGUGUUUAGAUAAACUGAUCCAUUAUAAGUAAGCGAGUGAGUGUGCCCUGUGAUGGAGUAGUGUUCCAUUUAGAGUUAUUUUUUGUCGUAUGACCGAUCCUUCUGUGACAGAAUGCCCUGUGACCAUGUAAUGGAAAGUGAGGAUUCAGAAUGGACAGGAAAUAUUUAAAUAUUUUUAUUUAAAAUAAACUGAAAAGCUCAUAAGCAAUGUUUACAAAACAUUUCAUGAACUUUGAUUUGUUUGUGCCAUAAAAUGCAUACUGUUUACUGUAUGUAUUAAUAAGUUUUAUUAAAAAAUGCCUGAAGCUUUCAGCAUAUUUAUUUGACAGAACAGUUCAAACUCUGCAAAAAAUAUAUAUGGGAGAUUUAAAGGCAAGAAUUCAAUUGUCAGGAAUACAGGCUAUGGUAUUGAUCACUGUAACAGUGAUUUAAAUUUAGUUUAGGAAGGGAAUAGAAAAAUCAUUAUAACAUAAAAUGAAAGAAUUAAUGAAUUUUUGAGU